GUUGGAUUCCUUACAUCGGUAGUACCGUAAAUCUGUAGUACCGUAAAUCUGUAGUACGGUAAAUCUGUAGUACGGUAACAGCUGGUGCUGCGCACCAAAAUGGUGUUACCCCUAAUUCGGAAAAUGUAAGAUGAACUUAAGUAUUGCGGUAUGUAGGUUUCUCCAGUCAUACCCGAAACGGAUAAAAUUAGCGGAAAUAAAUCCGAAUUAACUCAAAUUUUAAACCCACAGGAUGGGGUGAGAUGCCAAAUCGGUUAGAUAUAGUUUAAAUCCAAAAUUGAUCUCUAUAAAAAGUAUAAUAUAUAUAUAAAGUAUUGAUUCAACUGAUGAGUUGCAAACAUAAUCUACUCAUUUAAUCAUUCAAAAAUUGUAUUUCACCAUACAAAUUGCUUUUGGAUCUGAAAUCCCCACAACUAAGUCAAAUAAAGCAAAUUGCAAUCAAUUAUUCCAUCAAAUCACUAAAGGAAAGACAAGUUAUAUAAGAUUAUAACUUCAAGAUGAUCAAGUCUUCGUCUUUGGCUCAUGUUUCACCGCCUUCAUCGCCUCGCAAGCGUGAUUAUAUCGAUGUACCACUCAAGAACAAUAGUUCAUCGACUAUAACCAAUAACAGUAACAGCACUUUCAGUCAUAAUGGAGGUAAUGUUAGUAGUAGUAGUAGUAGUAGCAUGUUGGCUGCUGCUUCACCUAACACCAGUCCUAUAGCCAAGCCUCUGGCCGGUUUAAUGAGUCCAUCAUCAUCUAAUAAUAGUACCAAUAAUUUAUCACAUAAUUAUAAAGAAUUUACAUUUGAUGCAAUAUGUACCUGUUUGGAGAAGGAUUAUUUCAAAAGUUUUAAAGAUCCUGUUUAUGAAGGUGCAAAUGGAGUAGUUAUUAAGUGUACUGAUAAAUCAAGGACUACUAAACUUAUUGUGAAGAUUAUUAAACGUAACGAAGAGCAGAGUUUAGCUCAUUAUCAUAAAUUGGUACUUAAAGAAUAUAAUAACAUUAAGAGAUGUAAUCAUAAGAAUAUAACAUCAAUUCUUGAUGUUUCAUUAACUCCGAAUUCAACAGACUUGGCAUUAAUUUUCCCUUAUUAUCAAAAGGGAGAUUUAUUAGAUUGUUUGAGUAAUUUAAGAAGAUUCAAGAUUGAAAUUAGUUCUAGCAUGAAAGAUGCGUUAUUCAAACAAAUCUUGAAAGGAGUUGAGUAUUUACACUCAAAGGGGAUAGUACAUCGUGAUUUGAAACCAGAGAAUUGUUUAAUAGAUGAAAAUGGAAUUCUUAAACUAUCCGACUUUGGAUAUAGUUUAAACAUUAACAACGAUGACUAUCAAACUUAUUUAUUAGAGAACCCCACCGAAAUAUACAGUGGAACCAAUAGUUUUAAGGCUCCUGAAUUGUAUACAUUUGAAGAACAAAUAAAGGAAGAUUCAUUUGCAUUUGAUCAAUUUUUCCAGAGUGGAACCAUUGAUUCAACUUUAAAGGCUCUUGAUUAUUGGUCAUUAGGAAUAAUUUACUUUCAAAUCUAUUUGAUGAAAUCUCCUUGGAAUAAUGCCAAUAUUAAUGAUAUUAAAAAUCUUUCAUACGUUAAGUUUCAUAAAUAUUAUCCACAAGAUUCUUCAAGUUUAGCUAAAUUAUUAGUUGAUCUAAAUAAUGGAUCCAAUAAUAAUUCAUCAUUUAGUCAUAAUCCAGCAUUGAGCUUAUUUAAAGCCUUACAUUAUGAUGCUAGAGAAUACAUCUUAGGAUUGUUAAAUCCAAUACCUAAGAAAAGAUUAUCAUGUAAGCAAUUACUUGAUUCGAAUUGGUUGAGUCAAGUAUAUGCCAAUCCUAAAGAAUUUGCAACUUUAGUUAAACGGUAGAGUGCCUGUAUUUGGCAGGGUAGAGAUUUAAAAAGGGUUAAAUUUUCAGUUCUUAAGGUAUGUUAUAUAUUCAACAUACCAUAUAUAUAUAUAAAAAUUAACAUUAUUCAUUGCA